CCUACAAAACAUUAUAUUAUUAUACAACGCAAUCUCAUCGGAGUUCAAAAACCUCCAAAAAACACGUAAAUCUACGGGAUUCCGCCAUUGAAAUUGCUCAGCUCUGAGCUUCAGUUCCAGUUAUGGAUACAAUAAACUCCUUCAAGGGCUAUGGGAAGGUGGAUCCGGCCGCGGAACAAGCUUUCCGGCGGAAGACCCGCAAGCGUAUAAUCAUUCUCGCCGUUUCGGCGGUGCUUCUCGUCGGUCUGGUCAUCGGAAUAGUCGCCGGAACGGUCAUUCACAAGAAGAACAAGAAUGAAGGCUCCGGCUCCGGCGAAGGCGGCGAUGCCACUCGCAGCACUUCGAAAUCCGUCCAGGCGAUCUGCAGCGUGACAGAGUACAAAGAUUCGUGCGUUUCGAGUCUGUCGCAGGUUGCCGGCGAAAAAACCACCGACCCUAAAAAGCUCUUCGUGCUUUCUCUGCAACUGGCGGUUGAUUCGUUGAAGAAGCUGGCCUCGCAGCCGGCGGGAUGGAGGAAAGGGACCGCCGACGAGAGCGUUCAGAAGGCAUUCGGUGUUUGCCGGGAUGUUUUCGACGACGCAAUAGAUCGACUCAACGAUUCCAUCUCUUCCGUGGACGGCGGAGACGGCAAGCGGUUUUCCACCGCAAUAAUCGCCGAUCUAAAAACAUGGCUGAGCUCCGCCGUGACGGAUCAAGAAACGUGCUUGAACGCGCUGGAAGAAAUCAAAGCAAACGCUACGGUCGUCGACAAUGUGAAGGCGGUAAUGAAGAACUCAUCCGAAUUCGCCAGCAACAGUUUGGCCAUCGUGGCUCACAUUUUCUCCAUUCUCGGCGACUUCAACAUUCCGAUCCACCGGAAACUACUGGCGGCGAAUCAAGACUCGGAUAGAUUCCCGGAAUGGGUUAGAUCCGGCGACCGGAAACUGCUGCAGGCCGCGAACCCGAAGCCGGACGUGACAGUGGACAAAAAUGGGUCUCCGGCGACUGUAAAAACCAUCCAAGAAGCUGUGGAUAAGAUCCCCAAGAAGAGUAAAACCAGAUUUGUGAUAUACGUGAUGGCCGGCGAGUACAAGGAGAAUUUGGUGUUGGAUAAACACAAAUGGAAUGUGAUGAUGUAUGGCGACGGAAAGGGAAAGACCAUAAUUACCGGCAACACUAACUUCAUCGACGGCACGCCUACUUUCAAGACUGCAACCUUCGCCGUUGCCGGAAAAGGAUUUAUUGGCAGGGACAUAACGUUCCAAAACACGGCCGGAGCAGAGAAACACCAGGCGGUGGCAAUGCGGUCGGGGUCCGAUCAAUCGGUGUUUUACCGCUGCUCCUUCGACGCCUACCAAGACACGCUCUACGCCCACUCAAACCGGCAAUUCUACCGGGACUGCGACAUCACCGGCACCGUCGACUUUAUUUUCGGCAACGCCGCCGUGGUUUUCCAGAACUGCAAAAUCCAGCCGCGGCAGCCGCUGCCGAAUCAAUUCGUCACCAUUACCGCCCAAGGAAAGAAAGACCCAAACCAGAACACCGGCAUUUCCAUUCAGAAGUGCGACAUUUCGCCGCUCGAUAAGCUCACCGCCCCAACUUACCUCGGCCGGCCAUGGAAACAGUUCUCCACCACCGUCAUCAUGCAGUCAACGAUUGGAUCGUUCUUGAAGCCGCAAGGCUGGAUUGAGUGGGUCCCCAAUGUUGAUCCUCCGGCCUCCAUUUUCUACGGCGAGUAUAUGAACACCGGCGCCGGCGCCGGCGUGGAGCAAAGGGUGAAAUGGGCUGGGUAUAAACCUAGCAUCACGUCGGACCAGGCUUCGAAAUUCACAGUCGAAUCUUUCAUACAAGGCGGCGAGUGGUUGCCGGCGGACGUCACUCAUGAGCCAACCCUGUAACUUAGCGACUCCAUGGUAGACUAAUUUACAUUGAACAUUAUAUUUCCUUUCAUAUCUAAUACCAUAACAUUUGUGUGUUUUUUAAUAUAUAAAAAGUUAAAUUUUCUUUGUCA